AUGUCCGACCCUAAUACGCCAGUGGGCCAAGAUACGGAUGAUGCCCGCAACCUGCGUGAUCGCCUGGCUGAUAUUUUCCGCCCAAGGCCCUUUGGCUAUGCGACGGACGAAUCGGGAGUACAGGGCGCCCAAGGCCUGGGAAUUACGAGUGAACCAGAUGUGAGAACCCGCCUCUUGGAGUCGUACAACCGUUCAGACCCUGCGUGUGGUGAGAGACGUUGCAGUCAUGGUACUUUCUCCCCACAUGUUGAAACAGCCGAGAGAAUUGCAUACGAGGGAUCACCGAGCGGUCGCAAUGCAGGCAAUAGGGUUGGAGAAGGAGGAAUGGCGUCCGGUCCCUUUCCCGGAGGUGAUGGUCGCCCGGAGUCUCACCAUGACUCGGAGUACACGUCACAAAUGAAAUCGUCCGUCUCCGCUCUAUCUUCUCACGAUUCUAAGAAACUUUACAUAUCUUAUUACAUUCCGUUCUUUAAUUGGAUCGGGCAGUACCGCUGGUCUUUUCUCCGUGGAGAUCUGAUAUCGGCAUUGACUAUCUCCUCUGUCUAUAUCCCAAUGGCCUUAUCUUUAGCCUCCAAUCUUGCACACGCACCUCCAGUCAACGGUCUUUACUCCUUUGUCAUCCAUCCAUUGGUCUAUGCGAUAUUGGGAAGCUGCCCACUCUUGGUUGUCGGACCGGAGGCAGCAGGCUCUCUGCUCACGGGUGCGAUUGUCAAGUCCACCAUUCUACCUGACGACUCCCCGGAAGACAUUAAUGUGAAGAGUGCUAUGGUAAUUGGAAUAGCGACUGCAAUGACUGGUGCUAUGAUCCUCGUUGCCGGAUUGACUCGCCUAGGAUUCUUGGAUAACAUGCUCAGUCGGCCAUUCCUCAGAGGCUUCAUCACCGCCAUCGGUUUUGUGAUUUUUGUCGAUCAGCUCAUCCCGCAAUUGGGGCUUUCAGAACUGGCAAAGGAGACUGGUGCUAGCCAUGGUGCUACAGUUGCCAAGCUGAAUUUUAUUGUUCGUAAUGCCCGGGAAAGUCAUGCACUUACCGCCGUUGUUUCACUCGUGAGCUUUGGAAUUAUCAUGGUUUUCCGAACCUUGAAAAAGUGGAUAGAACCUCGCUUUCCCCAAGUUGUUUACUUUCCUGAUCGCUUUUUGGUUGUUUUACUGUCAGGAAUCCUGGCUUGGUGCCUUGGUUGGGAAGAGAAGGGCCUUGAGCUUCUGGGAUCCACCGAGGUCAGUGAAAACGGCCUAUUCGCCUUCCAGUGGCCUUUCCAAUGGAAGUAUAUGGACCACAUUCGCACAGCUAUGAGCAAAGCAUUUAUCAUUACUCUGCUUGGAUUCUUCGAGUCUUCGGUGGCGGCGAAGGGUCUUGCCGAGGUCAAGUCAGAGGGCAUUCAGGGUAUGCACAUCAGUGCCAACCGAGAAAUGGUAGCCCUGGGAGUUGCCAAUCUUGUGGGCGGUUGCUUUAUGAGCCUUCCAGCAUUUGGCGGAUACGGUCGAAGCAAACUUAAUGCACAGACUGGAGCGCGAUCCCCAAUGAGCAGUAUCUUCUUGAGCAUCAUCACUCUCGUUGGGAUUCUUGUCAUUUUACCCUAUCUCUAUUAUCUCCCGAAAGCAGUCCUCUGUUCCAUGAUAUCUGUGGUGGCAUUUUCGCUCGUCGAAGAAUGUCCCCACGAUUUGAUCUUCUUCUUACGUCUCCGUGGGUGGACCGAACUUAUGCUCAUGUUCCUCAUUUUCGUCACAACUAUUUUCUAUUCACUCGAGCUAGGCAUGGCCCUCGGAAUCGGUGUUUCUGUUAUAAUACUCAUCCGCCAUGCUACCCAGCCUCGCAUCCAAAUUCUCGGAAGGGUUCCCGGCACUGCUACCCGCUUUGGAAAUGCUGAACUCCAGCCCGAAAAUAUAGAGAUUGUCGAGGGCGCACUGAUCGUCAAGAUCCCUGAACCCCUGACGUUUGCCAACACUGGCGAUCUUAAGAACCGUCUUCGCCGUCUGGAGCUCUACGGAUCUAGUCGGGCCCAUCCCUCCCUUCCCCGCAUGCGCCCCGCGGAGUAUAACAAAAACAUCAUUUUUGAUGUGCAUGGUGUCACAAGCAUUGAUGGUUCUGGUACACAGGUCCUCUCGGAAAUCGUGCGCGCAUACGCCGAGGAAGGAACGAGAGUUUUCUUCUGCAGGCUCCCCAAUGAAAAUGUUUUCCGCAUGUUUGAGCUGAGUGGCAUUGUCGAGGAUUGUGGAGGUCUGACACACUUCGUUCCCAGCGUCGACGAAGCUCUGCAAUUGGCAGAAUCGGAAGAACGAUGGGACGGCAACUAA